AUGAACAGUCAGAUAGAACAAGUAGAAUCCCUUGAGAAGGAGCUUACAGCAGCUCAAGAUAAAUUGACCGAAGUAGAAAAGCAAAAGCAAGCCAGUCAAGAAAGAGAAAAGCAAUUGAGUAAAGAGCAUCAAUCCUUACUGGGAAAAUUGCACCAUUUUAAAGAAAACUUGACACCUCGUUUAGAACAAGAUAAACAAUUGAGACAAAAGGUAGCAGAGUUGACACAAGAGUUGGAUAUCACCACCCGAGAGCUUGAAAGAAGUAGAUCGGACAUGAUGAUGAGGGAUGAAGAAACCUCAAUUCAGAUUCAGAAGCAAGAGCACACUAUCUCGCAACUUUCCAACAGGUUGGAAAAUGUCCAGAGGGAGCGUGAGGAAUACGAAAAUAUGGCCAUGCAAUUAGAUGCUCAAUGUAAUCAGGUUCAGGAUCAAUUAGAAUCUGCUAAUAACGAACUUGAAAAGUUGAGGGAGGCCAUCGCUACCGAACAGAUCAAGCAUGAGUCUGAAAGAUCUAGUCUAGCUAAUUUACAGACAGUGCUUGAAGAAUUCCAAGCGACUAAAGAUGCAGAGAUGCAAGCAGCGGUAGAACAUAUUGAAAGACAAUUGUCAGUUGCUAAAAAGUCUUGGAAGGAAUAUGAAGAACGAGCUCAUGCAGCGGAGAGUUCUUUAGAGAAAUAUCAGCAAGAUGUUGGAAAGACACAACAAUAUGAACAGGAGAUUAAAGAAAAAAACCUCUUGAUUGGUAAAUUAAGACACGAAGCCAUCAUUUUAAAUGAACAUCUUGUUGAGGCCAUGAGGAAAUUAAAGGAAGAGACGAGUGAAAACAAUGUUGAUCGUCAGCUUAUAACGAAUUUACUUGUCGGGUUUUUUUUGGCGCCUCGUGGAGAUCGUAAACGUUUUGAUAUUCUGACGAUCAUUGCCAAUGUAUUACAUUUAAAUGAAGAGCAAAAGGAACAAAUUGGGUUAACACGACCUAAAGGCGGUGUAAAUCUUGUAAAUAGAGCACCUUCUUCGAUCACAGAACAGCCUCAAAAAGAAUCUUUUACGGAUGCUUGGAUAUCAUUUUUGUUAAAAGAAUCGAGUCCCUUAAGACGUAAUAGAUCAGCCAUUACAUUAUCACAGACUAAUCUUGAUGAAAAUAUUGAAUUAUAA